GGGCUGAGCUGGGGCCGUUGUCUUUCUAGCUAUGACAUGGUGCACUAUGGCCACUCCAACCAGCUACGCCAGGCUCGGGCCAUGGGAGAUUAUCUGAUUGUUGGAGUCCACACGGACGAGGAGAUUGCCAAGCACAAGGGCCCCCCUGUCUUUACACAGGAGGAGAGGUACAAAAUGGUGCAAGCCAUCAAGUGGGUGGAUGAGAUUGCUCCAGGAGCUCCCUAUGUCACCACACUGGAAACUCUGGACAAAUAUAACUGUGACUUCUGUGUGCAUGGUGACGACAUCACCUUAACGGUAGAUGGCAAGGAUACCUAUGAGGAAGUGAAGACAGCGGGGCGAUACAGGGAAUGCAAACGCACCCAAGGUGUGUCCACUACCGACCUCGUUGGCCGCAUGCUGCUCAUGACUAAGGCUCACCACAGCAACAUAGAUGAGGACCUAGACUAUCGGAAGCACACUGACAACUUUGGGAAGGGGCCAAAAGGUCACAGUCCCUGGACUGGCGUCUCUCAGUUCCUACAGACAUCUCAGAAGAUCAUCCAGUUUGCAUCAGGGAAGGAACCACAGCCAGGAGACACUAUCAUCUACGUGGCCGGAGCCUUUGACCUGUUCCAUAUUGGGCAUGUAGAUUUCCUGGAGAAGGUUCACCAGCUGGCAGAGAAACCCUACAUCAUCGCUGGGCUGCACUUUGAUCAGGAAGUAAAUCGCUACAAAGGGAAGAACUAUCCCAUCAUGAACAUCCAUGAGAGAACACUCAGUGUCUUGGCCUGUAGGUACGUCUCGGAAGUGGUGAUUGGAGCCCCCUACGCUGUCACCGCUGAUCUGUUGGAUCACUUCAGGGUAACACUUGUGUGUCAUGGGAUGACUGAGGUGGUGCCAGACAAGGAUGGUUCUGAUCCGUACGAGGAGCCGAAGAGACGUGGCAUUUUCCAGCUGGUGGACAGUGGCAGCAAUCUCACCACAGAUUUAAUUGUGCAAAGAAUCAUCAAGAACAGGCUGGAGUUUGAAGCUAGGAACCAGAAGAAAGAAGCAAAAGAGCUGGCUGUGUUGGAGGCCAUGAAGAGACUGGAAGAGGAGAAGCACUAGGCCAGCAGAGAGCCGAUGCGUGGGUCGCAGAGUGCCGCAGCCUCACCCUCUUGAGGAGCAGACGGCUCUUUGAGAGGGGACCCCUGAUCGGGGACGCCGCUGCUGGCAUGCAGGAUGUGCUGCCCUACCCUCUUCUGUCCUAGCUCCUCCUGCACUAAUUAUGCAGACAUAAUGAGUCGGGAUCCUGCUGCCUAGCUUUUCCUCCGUUAAUCAGCCCCCAUCCCCUUUCCCAGGAGGAGAUUUGACAA